AUAUUGAGGAAACAAAUGUCAAGGUUCAUAGAAACCAAAGUCGAUCGACGGGAAGCAGUUCUUUCUUUCAGGAGGAAAAAAAAUCGGAUUUUGGAACAAAUAGUCUGACAGACAGAAACAACAACAAGGAAUGGCCUCUGCUACUUCCUGGUCUGAAGAUAACUUUUUAUGUUCCAUCUGUCUGGAUGUGUUCAGCAGCCCCGUUUUCACCCCAUGUGGACACAACUUCUGCAGAAUCUGUAUUACAAAGUUCUGGGAUGAACAAGUCCAGUACAAAUGUCCUGUUUGCAACGAGCUCUUCCACACUAGACCUGAUGUACGGGUCAAUACCUUCAUAUCAGAGCUGGCUGCUCAGUUUAAAACGUCUGUAGGAUUAAAAGAGAAGCCUUGUGUUGAACCAGGAGAAGUUCCCUGUGACGUCUGUACUGGGACCCAGCUGAAGGCCGUCAAGUCCUGCCUAGAGUGUUUUACCUCUUACUGCCACACCCACCUGGAGCCACAUCAGAGAGUCAGAGGCCUGAAGAAACAUCGACUGGUCGAGCCAAUGGACUGUCUAGAAGAAAGGAUGUGUAAGAAACAUGAGCGACUUCUGGAGCUCUUCUGCAGGACUGAACAGGAGUGUGUCUGUCAGUUCUGCACAGAGGGUGACCACAGGUCCCAUCCUGUUGUACCUCUAAAGGAGGAAUAUGAAGUGAAGAUGGCCCAGCUGGCAAAGAUAGAGGAGAUGAUCCAGGAGAGAAAACUAAAGAUUAAGGAGAUCAACGACACAGUAGAAUUGAGCAAGAAAGACGCAGACGGAGAGCUAGCCGGUGGUUUGCAGGCCCUCACCGCUCUUAUGCGCUGCAUUGAAAAGUGGCAGGACGAUUUCGACCAAAUGGUUAAAAAGAAUCUGAAAACCACAGAGAAACAAGCAGAAGACCUCAUCAAAGAGCUGGAGCAGGAAAUCGAGGAUCUGACCAAUAGAAGCGCAGAGGUGAAGCCGCUCUCACAAACUAAAGACCACCUCCACUUCCUCCAGGCCUUCAGAUCCCUGAAAGAUCCUCCAACCACCAGGGACUGGAGGAGGGUGAAGGUCAGUCCUCCGUCAUUAUACGUAGAGACCUUGAAGAGCUCUCUGGAUCAGCUGGAGGAGACACUGAACAUGGAGAUAAGGAAGCUGUGGGGUCCUGCUGAGCUGAAGAGGGUCCAACAGUAUGAAAAAGAUGUGACUCUGGAUCCUGAUACAGCUCAUCCCCUGCUCAUCGUGUCUGAGGAUGGGAAACAAGUACAUGAUGGUGGUGUAGAGAAGACACUCCCAGAAAUCCCCAAGAGAUUUUCAUGUUAUCCACUUGUUCUCUCGAGGCAGAGCUUCUAUUCAGGGAAAUCUUACUUUGAGGUCCAGGUUAAAGGCAAGUCUUCAUGGCGUUUAGGUGUGGCCGGACAGUACAUAGAAAGAAAAAUAAAGACGGUAUGGCCCAUCCCAUUCACCACUAGUAAUAGCUACUGGGUGAUAUCAUUACACAAGAAUGUGUUUGUAUUUAAUGGUGACCCUGAUGUCCGUCUCCCUCUGAGAGCCGGGCUCGAGAAGGUGGGGGUGUUUGUUGAUUUGAAUGAGCGUUUGGUCUCCUUCUAUGAUGUGAAAGCAAGGGUUAUUAUCUACUCUGCUACUAAAUGCACCUUUAGGGGGCGUCUCUAUCCACUCCUCAGUCCAGGUUCACUUGGAACGAAUGGUGGAAACUAUCGCUCCAUGAUCCUCUCGCCUGUCAAUCAAACCGACUAAGACACUGUUUGAUAUUAAAAUGAACAAACAAGAAUUAAUGAUAUUUUCUGAAUAAUGUUCUGUGUUAGACCUGAAAGAACUGCAUACAUUUUGUAUAGGGUUGUUAUUUACCAAGGAUGGAAAUAACUAUGCAAAAUAUAGCCCAUUGUAAAUUUUUAUAUUCCACUACCUUCAAUGUGUGUUUUAUUUCUAUUUUACUACAUGAAUUGUUUGUUAUGUAGAACAAUUUAGGAGGAUAUCGUUUACAUUGAUCUUUACAUUACUAUAAGUUGUAUAGUUGAUAUAUUUCGGAGUCAUGAAUAAAUACCCAAUUAAAUCUUUCA